UCUGCGCCUGAGAAGCCCAUAUAUAAGUGAAUCCUCUUCCACUUCCCCGCCGGGAUUUAGAGGCACCCUGGAACUGGUCCCCGGAUGAGACUCGGAGGCCCCCACAGGAUUUCAGCAGCUCGCUCCCGCAAGUACCUCUGCGGGGUCGCUUGCUUCGCUGGCUGGGUUGGCCGAGGAAAUACCCCACUCAGUAUAGGGCAAGAGGUGGCGUGGAAGGAGCAAGGGAUUUGGGCCGAUCAUCUUUUCCCUGCAUUUGAGAAAGGGUUUGGAGGCCCAGCAAGGGGACGCCAGUUGCUAGGCAACCUGCAGACGCGGGCCUGGGCUUGGCAGAGUGUACUGGGAGCUGUGCCUUUCCAGCUUGUCUCAGCUGUCUCGGGGGAGUUCUCGAUGGAAUCGCCCCGUUGAUACAUACCUUUGCCAUCCUUCCCACUCUGGACCUGCUCUUUACCUAUCUUGUUGGGUCAAUUCAGGUUGGCUGUCGUUGGCUGGUGUCACACCCCAGUCCUUGAAUCUCCGAUAGGAAGAGGGCGGAGCAUUAGUUCAGUAUACUGCAGGAUAAAUACGUGAACUUGGAUGGAUUUAGAGGUUAAAGGAGUUGCUACUUCUCCUACGAGUCAAACUCAGCCAUUCUCUGGAAGAAAGCUGCUGCAACAAGGACGGACUUCCAAAUCACGGGCAAUCCAGAAUCCUUGCCUCCCUGUGGUUCCACGACUUGAUUUGGGAAGCCUUGUUGACUCUGAUGAGGAGGAGCAAGACAUAAUACCUGAAAACUUACCAGGACCAACAAGCAAAUAUAAACUAAAAUAUCAGCAACAUAAAACUGAAAUGAAAGAGGGAUAUAAACAGUACAGUCAGAGAAAUGCAGAAAAUCCAAAACCAGGUGUCACGCAACAGUCUCCAAGAAACAAGGCAGAUGACAAGUGUGUACAAGGUGAAGCAGCCAUCAUCGAUGGUCUUACAACUCUGGAUAGGAAAGCCCUCUUACAGCAGGGUUAUGCAGACAUCCCGUACAAUGCACCAUGGUGUAUGAGGAAGUCUGAUGCCGAAAUUGUGGCUGCAGAGAAGAAGAAACAGACUGUUGCAGAGCAAGUGAUGAUAGACCACUUAUCUAGGGCUGUGAUCAGUGAUCCAGAACAAAACUCAACCUCCGAGAGACAAGAAAGCAUUCAUAUCGUUCCAGAUUCAAAGAUGACACCUCUUCGAUUUAGGAAAAGAACGCUACAUGAAACUAAGAUAAGAACCCAUUCUACAUUAACUGAAAACAUGCUUUCCCACAAAGUACAGUUUGAUGGUAGGAUCAUAUCAAGAAAUGGACGUGAUGCUUGCAGAGAGCUGAUUGGGUUCUUUUUUACUCAUGACCAGUCCCUAACAAUUUAUGAAUAUCGGCAAUUUGGGAAAAAUAGAACAAAUGUGCUUCCUUUUAUUCAAAAAAACAUUUAUAGUCAUCAGUGUGGACGAAGAAAAGGAAAACAAUACCAACUUGGUGAUUUUUAUGUUGGAGCAAACUUGACAUUUUUGAGUUCUGAUCAUCCCAGACUUCCAGAAAGCAUAAAAGAAAACACAUUACUUAUACUUCGAAUCACUGAUAUUGAUCAGAUAGCUUUGGAUUCUCUCAAAACUGAUUCUGUGGAACGUGAGGAUAUAACCAGUCAAGAAGCCAAUGAUAGGCUUGUCUUAAAGGCCAUUCAAGAUGCGCUAAAGGAACAGCUACACAAAAGAGGUGUUCGUAUUUUGACUGGAUUGGGGAAAUACCUCCAACAACUGGACAAGGAAGGAACUGGACUUUUAGCUAAGGCAGAUUUUAAGCAAGCUCUAAAAGCAUUUCACUUAGAAGUGUCCGAAAACGAUUUUGAACCUGCAUGGCAAAUUCUGAAUGGCAAUGACAGUGGCAAGGUUGAUUACGGAGAAUUCAAACGUGCCAUUAUUGGUGAAAUGAAUGAGUACAGGAAAUCAUUUGUUCGAAAGGUCUUUAUGAAACUGGAUUUCAACAAAACUGGCUGUGUGCCUAUUAUAGACAUAAGAAAAUGUUAUUGUGCAAAGAAGCAUCCUCAAGUAAUUUCAGGCCAUUCCACAGAGGAAGAAAUCAAAUUAUCUUUUCUAGAAACACUAAAAGAUGCCUGCAGCAAGUCUGAUGAAGUGUCGUAUGGUGAAUUUGAAGAUUACUAUGAAGGUCUAAGUAUAGGGAUAGUAAAUGAUGAAGAUUUUGUUAAUAUCUUACGUACCCCAUGGGGGAUUUAGUUUUUCAAAAUGAAUGUGUCUUCAGCACGAAGCA